AUGCCUCAGAGUAGAGAUAACCCACCUUUUGUGCCUGAAGGUUGGACUGCACAAUUUGAUGAUCAAUACUCAACUUGGUUUUUCGUUAAUCUUUCUAAUAAAAAUUCACAAUGGGAAGCUCCUAGAGGAACUACUUGGAAACAAGGUAGUCCGGUGGUAGAAGCUCCUCCUGCAUAUUCAAGCAGUGAUCUUUCGGAUAGGAGACAACCUCCCCCUCCUCCACAACAACAGCCACAAGUUCAGGCCCCACCUAGAGAACAGGCUCGUUACUAUCAACCACAACCUCAAGGUUAUCCUCAGCAACCUGCUUAUCAACAACCAUAUCCUCCCCAACAGCCAUAUCCUCCUCAGCAACCAUACUAUCAACAACCUUAUCCUCCUCAACAGCAAUAUCCUCCUCAGCAGCCAUAUUAUCAACAACAACCGGUAUAUAUACAACAACAGGCUCAACAGAAGAACCACAGUGGUCGUAACCAAGCAUUGAUGGGUGGUUUAGCUGGUGCAGGUUUAGGUUUAGUUGGUGGUACUCUAUUAGCUGAUGCAGCCCGUCCAGAUGAAACAGUUAUUGUAAAUAAUAAUGAUUAUGGUGGUGGCUAUGAUCAAGGCGGUGGCUAUGAUCAAGGUUACGAUCAAGGUUAUGACCAGGGCUACGAUAAUGGAUUUGAUGGCGGGUACGAUGACGGGUUCGACGGUGGAUUCUAA